AUGUAUUUUAAUUCGAAACCAAGAAAAUUUUCCUGGUUUGUUUGGCUUAGGUCUCAUUCAGGAUUCCUUCUGUUCCAUUCAUUUGGUGGUGGUACCGGUUCAGGUUUUUCAUCUCUGUUAAUGGAACACUUAACAAUUGAUUAUGGUAAAAAAAGCAAGCUAGAAUUUUCGAUCUAUCCGGCACCGCAUAUUUCGACAUCUGUAGUGGAGCCAUAUAAUUCUGUCCUUAUGACUCAUGCUACCCUUGAGCAUGCUGAUUGUUCAUUCAUUAUGGACAAUGAGGCAAUUUAUGACUUAUAUCAUCAUAAGUUGAAUGUUGAUCGACCAUCCUAUCCAAAUCUAAAUCGUCUCAUUGCUCAAGUUGUUUCGUCGACUACCGCUUCGCUGCGCUUUGAAGGUGCGCUAAACGUAGAUCUGAUUGAAUUUCAGACAAAUUUGGUGCCAUAUCCACGUAUUCAUUUCCCAUUGGUGUCAUAUGCUCCGAUAGUUUCCGUCAAGAAAGCUUGUUAUGAAACUCUUUCGGUGAUGGAUAUUACCAGAGAUUGUUUUGAAACUUCCAAUCAAAUGGUGAAAUGUGAUCCGACAAAGGGUAAAUAUAUGUCAAUUUGCCUUUUAUACCGUGGUAAUGUCACACCAAACGAUGUCAAUGAAGCCAUUAGUGCUGUCCGUCAUCGCAGACAGAUUAAUUUUGUAGAGUGGUGUCCAACUGGAUUCAAGAUUGGAGUUAACCAUGAGCCACCAACAGCUGUACCAGAUGAUGAUGCUGCAUCUGUACCACGUGCUCUCUGCAUGUUAGCCAAUACAACAGCUAUUGCUGAAGCGUGGGCUCGUUUAGAUGCCAAAUUCGAUCUGAUGUAUUCAAAACGAGCUUUUAUACAUUGGUUUAUUGGUGAGGGUAUGGAGGAAGAUGAAUUUAUUGACGCACGUGAAGACAUGGACCUUCUUGAGAGGGACUAUAAGGAACUUGCAGCGAAUGAAUUUGAUGCUGAUUCGAACGAUGGCAACGAUUUCUGA